UGUGGUUGACAGUAGCCUUCCGACUCUCUUACAGGCGGCAAAUUCUCAGUGUUAGUUUGGGGGGAAAACACCUGUGAAGACACUUUGGAGGUGACUCGCUGUGGAAACGGGGGACAGCAUUUUUUGGAAAUGGCUGAUCAUAUUCAUAACGACUCUAUGGUCGUGGCGAACCGAUUUGCCCGCAAAGGUGCUCUGCGGCAGAAAAAUGUGCACGAAGUUAAGAACCACAAAUUUACCGCGAGGUUCUUCAAGCAGCCGACGUUCUGCAGCCACUGCACCGACUUCAUCUGGGGAUUUGGGAAGCAAGGAUUUCAGUGCCAAGUGUGCUGUUUUGUGGUGCAUAAGCGGUGCCAUGAGUUCGUCACCUUCUCGUGUCCGGGUGCAGAUAAGGGUCCCGACACAGACGACCCCAGGAGUAAGCACAAGUUCAAGAUCCACACCUAUGGCAGCCCCACCUUCUGUGACCACUGCGGAUCGCUGCUCUACGGCCUCAUCCACCAGGGAAUGAAGUGCGACACAUGUGACAUGAACGUGCACAAGCAGUGUGUCAACAACGUGCCCAGCUUGUGCGGCACGGACCACACAGAGCGCCGCGGACGCAUCUUCCUCAAGAUCGAAGUGGCCGGAGACCGGCUUCACGUCACAGUUGGGGAGGCCCGUAACCUUAUUCCAAUGGACCCCAACGGGCUGUCGGAUCCAUAUGUCAAGCUGAAACUCAUCCCAGACCCCAAGAACGAGACCAAGCAGAAGACCAGGACCAUCCGCUCCUCGCUCAACCCCACAUGGAACGAGUCCUUCAGCUUUAAACUGAAGGCCAUAGACAAGGAUCGACGUCUGUCUGUAGAGAUCUGGGACUGGGACCGGACCACCAGGAACGACUUCAUGGGAUCCAUGUCCUUCGGGGUGUCAGAGCUCAUCAAAGCGCCCAUGUGUGGAUGGUACAAGCUGCUGAACCAGGAAGAGGGCGAGUAUUACAAUGUUCCCAUUCCAGACGUGGAGGACAUGAAUCAGAUGGAACUGCGGCAGAAGUUUGAGAAAGCCAAGCUGGGCCCGGGUAAGAAGGUGAUCACUCCGACAGACUACCGCCGCUUCAGCCUGCCCUCGGGCAACAUGGACCGCGUGCGCCUCAACGACUUCCACUUCCUGGCUCUGCUGGGGAAAGGCAGCUUCGGGAAGGUGAUGCUGGCCGAGAUGAAGGGUACAGAGGAGCUGUUUGCCAUUAAGAUCCUGAAGAAGGACGUGGUGAUCCAGGACGAUGACGUGGAGUGCACCAUGGUGGAGAAGAGGGUGCUGGCGCAGAGAGACAAGCCACACUUCCUCACACAGCUGCACUCCUGCUUCCAGACUGUGGAUCGGCUCUACUUUGUCAUGGAGUACAUCAAUGGAGGAGAUCUCAUGUACCACAUUCAGCACGUGGGCAAGUUCAAGGAACCACAGGCUGUGUUUUACGCUGCAGAAAUUGCUGUUGGAUUGUUUUUCCUCCACCGAAAAGGAAUCAUUUACAGAGACUUGAAGCUAGACAAUGUGAUGCUGGACUCGGAGGGCCACAUCAAGAUCGCCGACUUCGGGAUGUGCAAGGAGAACAUGUAUGAGGGCAUGACCACCCGCACCUUCUGUGGCACACCCGACUACAUCGCACCAGAGAUCAUCGCCUACCAGCCGUAUGGGAAGUCAGUAGACUGGUGGGCAUAUGGAGUCCUACUCUAUGAGAUGCUCGCCGGCCAGCCGCCAUUUGACGGUGAGGACGAAGACGAGCUGUUUCAGUCCAUCAUGGAGCACAACGUCUCCUACCCCAAGUCCAUGACAAAAGAGGCAGUCUCCAUUUGCAAAGGGCUGAUGACCAAGCAUCCGUCUAAGCGUCUGGGCUGUGGUCCGGAGGGUGAGAGGGACAUCAGAGAGCAGGCCUUCUUCCGCCGUAUUGACUGGGACCGGCUGGCCAACCGUGAGAUACAGCCUCCCUUCAAGCCCAAAGUGUGUGGCAAAGGAGCCGAGAAUUUCGACAAGUUCUUCACGCGCACGCAGCCUGUCCUGACCCCGCCCGACCAGCUGGUGAUCGCCAACAUAGACCAGAGCGAGUUCGCCGGCUUCUCCUUCAUCAACCCCCAGUUCAUCCACCCAUCCCUGCACAGCAGCGUCGUAUGAGGAGCCAACACAGUCUCAUCCCAACUCGUCAAUUUCGGACUACCUUUGAACAGACUACAAUUUGUUGAUGUCGAGGGCAUACCUGCCAUGUCACUAGUUGACUAUGUGGCCUAAACGUAGACCUUUCCCUAACCCUGACCGUCAGUGAAGUUAUGCUGCCACAAGGGGGCACGUUUGAGGCGCAUGUCAUAUUUUGAAUCCAAGGGCAUACCUUAGUCGUCAAAAAUUGCAGCCUGGUCAAAGGUAGUCAGAAAUUGACGAGUUGGGAUGAGACACUGUGCAACAAGGACCCUGUAUGCAUAUACAGGACACCAGGAGCAGAGAGAGACAGAGACGUAAAGAUGUUUGGAGUCAGUGUUUGGGGAUUGAUUAGGGGUGUGUGAGCAUCACAGGUACAUGAAUCCAAAUUGCUAAUUUUUAAAUUCCACUUUUUAAAAAUGGGUAUGAAUUUUCUAUUUUCUGUAUUGGUAGUUGGAAGGGGGCCGCGUGAGGGCUUUUCAGCAGUAUUCAGUACAGAGGCUAGGUUGUGGCAUUAGGAAAGGCCUGCCUGGUAACUCCACAGCCGUCAUGGCAACGCUUCUUGGCAGCUAUCUUAGGUACAGAAGAUGAGGCUCCAUCCUAAAUGGAAUGGGCUGGGUCCACAUGAAAUAGAAUACAGCAGUUAAAAUAGGACUGAGUCAGAAAAAUUGAUGUUUCAUGACAAAACUAACAUCCUACAGCGAAAUGGAUGCUCUAAAAAUGUUGUUAGUUUUGUUCCGUGUGGAUGCAGCAGAGUUUACAAUUAUAGUUAUGACAAUAGUAGACAUAACCAGGAUGUUUGAACGAGGCAGUCUUAACAUGCCUUUCUCAGCAAACCAGUUAUUCACACAACAUCAAAUACUGAUUUGUGUGGGAUUGUAAUACAUCUCCCACCACAUCCAUAUUCAGGCCGCCUAACCUGACUCAACAGAGGUACACACACACAGUGGAUGUAUGUGACGUACCCACCACCAGAAGUUCAGGCAUCAUUCUAUUACUCAGACUCUUACUCAUUAUCCCCCAGACAAGACCUUGACCCAAUAAAGGCACACAAACAGAAGGUUAGACAGAAGGCUACCCUAUCACCAUCCAUAAAAUGUACGAGCCUGCCACUCAAUUAUGACAAAUCAUGCUCCAGGUCUGGGGGAGAACCACUAGCACAGGCCAGCCUAUUGCGCCAACCCCCCCCCCCCAAGCCCUGCUCUCACCCGUAGCCCAAUGAUAGUCAGGCCGCACCACCCCGAGUUUAAUGAACCCGCUCAAUGUACAGUUGUGUGAGGUAUUAUUUGGCUAUUGCAGUACCAUAUGUUGUAGAAGGGACGGUACGUACCGGUACGUAGACGACGUGAUGCUCUCUUCCAUCCACAGUAUGCCUUCCCUCCCCCGUGUACAGUACGUUGGCACCUUUUCCUCCCCCCCUAAGUCCCUCUGUGAACUGACGCAUGCCGACUUACAACUGUUUUAUAGGCCCUCUCCUGAUGAUCCCUUACCCCUUCCUACCUCCCGAGAGAACGUACCUGACUGCCAUUUCUAUCAUAGCAACGGUAUUCGGUAUAGCAUAUCUAUAAGUAUACAGUAUCUAUAUUUGUAAAAAGGAGAAAAAAACUAACAGAAAUAUAUGUAAAAAAAAUGAAUAGUUAGCAAUUGUUUCGGGAGUGCCAAAAAGAGACAAUACCUGCACCUAAACUGUUCUUUUUUUCUAUCUAAUGUCUCUGUAUGCAUUUUAGCAAGUUCCUACUUAGCAAAUCUUUUUGUGGAUAUAUUUGCUCUUCUGGACUCUCUUGUGGAGUUGUGAGCAUGACGAGACCCUUUCUGAUGCACUCUUCUCAUCCUCCAUCAGCCCCUCUGCAGGUGGACAGCAGCCACUCUUGUAGUGGUUGGCCACCAUUUUGUUGUUUAGAGGGCCGUUCCUCCCCUCACAGGAUGGGGGUGUUUCAUUUACGUUGCAGUGCUACCUGCAUUUAGACGAAUUACGUGAGGUGGGUCGCAAUGGAGGGAUGCCAUUGCACACAAAAAAACGUGACUUUGUACAUGAUGUAAAAUAUUACGGAGAGGAUCUUCAGUCGUAGAAGAUAAGCUAUGAGAGAAACUUCAAAAAGAAGCACUAAGGUCGCACGUUCUGCCUGUAUUGUUCUUAGUGGAGAUGAUCAGCGAGUGAGUGCAAGCGUGUUUUCUUGGAUGAACUCACUUUGCGAAAUAGUGUCGGUACAGCACUGGUAAACCAGGCCUUUGUACUUCAUUUCAUUGAAUGCAGGGGGAGCUACGCCAUAUGCAGAGUACAGCCAGACCCUCUGUAUGCAAUGAACUGUGGGAACUGCGGCUGGUUUGCCAGGCUAGCUCAAUCAGGCAGGGUAGCACAAAGGGUUGGUUUACCCUUACUAGCACGGUCAGCCCCUGUGCAAAGUGAUAUGUAGUACGAGGCUAGCAUAGCGAGGUGCUCAGUAUGAAAGGAAUUACGAAAGUCUGGUUUACCAAUAUACACUACAAAAAUGAAAAGUGCCCCAAAGAACCUUCAGUUUGCCACUGUGUGGAAUCCCUAAAAGUUCUCUGAAGAACUUAAAAGUUCUCAGAGAAACUUACAGGUUAAACAUUAGUAAAAGUUCUAGGACAAACUCUGAGGUUUUCUGGAAGGUUGCUCAGAGAACACAAGAAUGCAAAGGUUUUUCAAGGAACCUUGGGGUUCUUCUCUUUGCCACUGUGAAGGAUCCCCUAAAUGAACUCUGAGGAACCCAGUGCGUUUAGGUUUCCCCCAGAUUCACAACUGAAGAAUCUUUAGCCCGAAUCGCACAGGAUAAAUACUACCUAUAGACCCAUGGUAUUUCACAAUUACCCCAGGACCUCAGUGAUUUUUCAGGGCGCAUUUGGACGGGUUAAGUAAACGUCAGUUAUUUAUUCAAUCCACAGACAUUAUAAGGAGGUGCAAAUGGUGCAAAUAUGUGAAAUUACCCCAGCACCGCCGAAAUACAGUAGGUAAUUCGCUGCGGAAUUAUUACUUCACAAAUCACGGACAUGGCACAUUCGCACAGGACUAAGAACUCAGACAUUCUCCAUAAUUAUUAUGAAUUACUGGGGGUCCACAGGUAGUAAAAGUCCCGUCCGAAUCGGGCUUUUGAGGAACUUUGAGAUUUUUACAGUGUACUGUACUAAGGGGUUGUGGCAACAAUUGUUCUGCCAACGCAACCCUUCCACCGCAUGCUUCUUCUCUGACAUGACCGUGAAGUACUCAGUAGAUUAAUCUCUAUAUUAAGAGGCUCUGUCUGCAGUAUCCAGCACCACACUGACAAUGUGACAUGUACUAUGAUUAUGUAUUAUGUUGUUAUUUUUAGUUGGUCCUUUGUGUUAUUUUUUCCUGUCUUGAUACUUCUUUUACAUCGUUAUUUUCUAAUGUAAGUGUCUACUUUCCCUAGGUCUUGCUCUAUGAGGGUUUUUUUUUUAUUUGUUUCUUUGGUUUGUUGACAACACAGGUGUUUACUGUUCAGAGAUACACAAUAAUUGAUCUUUAUUUUUUUGUAAAUAUCAACCAGGCAGUUUCAAAAGACUACGUUGCAAAUUUUAUACCAAGAAUUGAAUGUGCUUUUACUAACGUAGAUGGUGAAAGAUUUCUACAUGUUUAGAUUAUUAUACACAAAACAAGAGAUUGUUUGGCUAAAUCUUUGAUAGUUUUUUGGUAUCAGAAACCUUGUAAUAUGUAUUCACAUAUCACAUAUAUUUAUUGUCUGUAUGUUUUUGUCUUUUAAUUUAUGGUAUACUAAGCUAAGCAGUAUCUUAAGGACUGACUGUGAUGUGUGGGAUGAUUGAACGCGUGUUUGCCUUGAACCCUUAUUUUUACAGUAGGUGACUCAACAUGUCUGGCUAUAUCGAGGCUUUUUUGUUUUGUUUUGUUUUGUUUUGUUGUGUUUUUGUUAUGGGCUUUUGCUUAAUGCAUGUAAGGCUAGGCGAAAAUUAGCAUGCUGUUUAAAAAUCAAGCUGUUAGCAUGUUCCAAAGACCCAGGUCUGUAAGCAUGGAUUUCCUACAACUUGCCAAGUGAGACGCCUAUCCUGCCUUACACCCUUCUCCUUUCUCUCUCUCUUCACUCUCUCUCUCUCUCGCCCUCUCUUUCUCUCCAUCUUGUCUCUCUUUCUCUCUCUCCCUCUCUCUGAAAGGAUUCGUUUGGGAAUGUUGGAAGUGUUAUGUUGAGGCUUUAAAGCACUUCUCAAGGACUUGCGAGCAUUGCUUGGAGCCUGCUCAUGAACAGUUGUUAAAACCUGUAGUGGAAUUCCACAGAGACAUAGUCACUGCACUGCAAAUCCACCCUUACAGAGGACAUUGACUUGACAGCCAAAAUAAUUUCCUCCACUUCUACAUCAAGUGACAUCAUCGUUGUAUUUGUUGUAUUCUCAUUCACUCGCUCACUGUGCCAAAGCCUGCUAUACCACACAUAUUCCUCACUGUAAUGGCUCUGAAAUAUUACAAAAGUGUUUUUUUUUUCUUCCCAACACCAAUGGUUCUACCUUCAUGUUACUAUGGGCUUUCAUUUUCCCUUUAAAUAGAACAACUUGUAAUAACCUUAACUUCAAUUCUCCCUCCAUGUGUGCCAAAUCCUUAUUAUUCUUUCCCAAAUCCAGAUAUGCUUAACCAAUGACCUUAACCGUAUUAAAAAUAAAUCUUCAAUCCUCUGUCCUCACCCUUACGCUUUAUGUAAACCUAAUUAUGCCCCUUGAGAACGUUCAAGAGUAAUCAUUUCCAUGUACCAAAAACAAACCCAACACCCGCAACUAGCUCUCAUUUCACGGCAACACCUUAGAACCCUGUCUCAUAUUGAGAACCUUCUAGAAGGCGUGUCCUGAUGAAUGAAACCAUGACAUAACCAAUUGCAGACCCUCCUUUCUAUCGUCAUACAUCCAGUUCCCAUGCAAAUACAAUAUGAAACAAAUCAUACAACAAGCAGACAUAUUGGUUAUAGCUCAGAUAAUCAUCUCUCAAACUACUUCUCUUCUAUUUGGAGGACGAAUCCUUGGAGUGCUUCUGGAAUUAAGGCUACAUUUCUCUAACUUUUUAACUCAAGUCUGGUGUUUGCCAGGGUCCUGCUACAGUAUACGUUUUCUUUGUUUAUUGUGGUGUGAAGAAUACUGUGUAUAAA